UUUUUUUGUCCUUUUCAUUUACCUCAGAUGUUGAGGGGGGUUUUUUCUCCUCUUCCCUAUCCUAGGAUUCUCAAUGUGCACCCUUUCCCUAUAUACACUCAUGCAUAUACUAUUGGCCCAACUCUUCUCCUCUUUUCCCAAGCUUACCCACUAAAUUUUCCUCCCUUUUUUCAAAUACUUUAUCGAUCUAUUCGUUGUCCAGAUAGACUCAUUCUCGACUGGCUGGACAUUUUUUUGGGGAAAUUGGGAAGGAAAAAGGAAGAAGAUAUUGCAUCUCGAGAACUGGCCAAGUCAUCCAUCCUUCCUUUUCUUUCCCUUUCAUGUCCAUUAUGCCAGUUCCCAUCAUUUUGUCUUUUUUUAUUGACGUCAGUCCAUCUUCUCAUUCUAUUUUUAUUUGGCAAAAUUGUAAAAGAGAUAAACAGCAGAACAAACGAGCGAUAUUUUAUAGACCAUAAAUAG